CAUGAAUGGCCUCUUGACGUCGCUCACACGUCCACGCACGUGACGUCACGUCCAUUCGCACGCGCUGAUUUGACGGGAAUUACUCGACUUCCGGUCGAGGAGCAACACAAGAGACUUCCCUGCGGCGGCGGAGAGACACAAUAACAAAGCCAUGGGAGAAAUGUCCGGCUUCGAGAACAGACUGCAGUCGUACUCUUCCACACAGCUGCACGAACUGCUGGAGGACGAUGACAAGCUCCGGAGAAUGGUCAGGGAGAUGGAGGAGAUGCAGGACAUGCAGCAGAAUAAAGAGCUGACGAUCGCCAGUAACCGCAGCCUGGCGGAGCAGAACCUGAGCCUGCAGCCUGAGAUGGACCAUCAGAAGAUCCAGCUGACCAAACGCUACUGCUGUUUACAAGAUCUGCACGAGUCCUACCAGCUCCGCAGAUCCACCCUAGGUAGCAGUUCACUUGACACAUUGUUGGCUCUUUUGCAAACCGAGGGAGCCAAGAUCGAAGAAGAAACAGAGAACAUGGCCGAUUCAUUCUUGGACGGAUCCUUGCCCCUGGACAGCUUUAUUGAUGACUACCAGAGCAAGAGGAAGCUGGCACAUCUGAGGCGUGUGAAGAUCGAUAAGCUCCAGGAGAUGGUGCUGAAGGGUGUUCAUCUUCCUCAGGGUUCCUCUACUGAUCCUCCACAACCUCAGGAGACCCAUGACUCCACUGCACCUUUCCAAAGGCUAGCUAAUGGUUCUCCAGCUCACGUAAGACCAGCACCAACAUCUCAACCAUCAGCAAUGCCUUACAACCCUCAGAGCAUCGGUGCUCCUCUGCCAAACACGGUGCCAUCAUAUUCAUGUCUAUACCCACAAGCACUCCCUCAAGGGCCUGGCGCUGGUCUUCCCCCGCGGGCAGGUUUUAUAAUGCAAUGAUGUUCUUCUGCCUGAGCCUUUCCACUAGAAUGUGAAAUGUCAUUUUCCUCCCUCUUUCUUUAGAUGCACUUUGAUCGUAACAGGUUUGGGUUUCUGCAGGUCCACAAAGAAUCUGUGCCCACAGAAUUCAGAUGUUCAGCAGAUUUCGGCUCAUUCUCUGCCACUUAUAUGUAUUGUAUCUUGGUAUGAAAUUUAUUUCACAUGUUCAAUACAGAAAAUGCAGAAAGGUCUACAGAUUGCCUGUUGGUUA